ACGCUCAUAAUGAUUCAUCGUGAGUACAAAACGUGUGACCUGAAGAAAAGAGAUCUGUUUCGGGGAACUUGUUCCUGAUAGAGGUUUUUAUAUGGAGAAAGUACAUUAUAUUUUAUGAAUCUGAGUUAUUUUUGUACAGUGUUUUGGAAAUGAACGGCAACUGUUCGAUGCAAUGCAGACCUAGUGUUAUUAAGUGGGUCGGCAAAGAGUUGGCCCCAGAUGUUAUAAAUUCUAAGACGGACGACCUUGACUUUUCGCAGCAAGCACAACCUGAACAGAUCGCCAAAACCAGUGACUCUGAUCAAUCAACAGAAAAUCAACUAGUCGGUGUCAAUGAUGAAUCUUUGUUUCUUGAAUCUAAGAACAAAGAAAGAAAGUAUAGUUGCGUGAUAUGCAAGAAACGUUUUAAAUGGCGUUCGCAUUGGAAGUCUCACGAACGAAUACACACUGGGGAGCGACCUUUUCGAUGUGAGAUUUGCGGGAAACUAUUCACCAGAUCUGAUGGUUUACAAUGUCAUAGAAAGGUCCACAUUAAGAUUGAAAAACCCAAGCUUUGCUCUCCUGAGACACAACCAAAUCGUUUUCUUGGAAACAAUGUUAUUGAAGAUGUCACCGGUUUGAAACAAGACAAAGUAUUCAUUUGUGCGUAUUGUGGAAGGACAUUUGGUAGUCUUCGUGGGUAUUGCAGACACACCGAUAAAAAACAUAAAGGUAAAGAUGAUCUAAAAUGCCGUAUCUGCAACAUUAUCUUCAACAGACCAAGUGCAUUAGAAAUCCACAAUCGCGUUCACACAGGAUUGAAACCAUAUCAUUGCAACAUUUGCUCGAAAUCGUUCUCUAUACGAGGAAACCUUAAACGACAUUUAUUUAUACACAGCGGAGAAAGACCUUAUAGCUGUAGAUAUUGUUCAAGUUGCUUUAAUACGUCUAGUCAUUUGGCAAGGCAUGUUAUGUCUAAGCAUAAAACUAAAAAUAAUGUUGAUUAAGCGUUAGUACUAUAGGCCUGCAGUGUAGGAAUUAAGUUAGGCUCGUCCUUCCAAAACGCACUAUAGCUAUAUCAAAUAAUGGGUGUACAGGAUAUAUAUUUUGUGCUAAACACUAUACAUUAUACGUUCUUCAAUAUUAAAAAAUAAUAUAAAAUACAAAUGA